GGCCGCCGCAGCGUACGCCGACGCCGAUGCUUGCGAAACGAGUUCCAGCAGUUCAAGUUCGCUUUCGUGUGGCGUGGCGGGAAAGUAAAUGCGGUGACAGGACUGACAGCUCCGAAGUGAAGACAUCGCAGAAAAAGAAAGCAUGUUGUUGUCAUUGUUGAUUGCCACACUGGUCACGCUGCUUACGACGUACAUUUGGCGACGGCGAAAGCGGUUCCUCUUGUUCAAGGAAUUAGGGAUUCCGGGACCUGAACCAAGCUUUUUUUCUGGAAACACUGCAGAAAUUCUCAAUAAGGGAUCUGUGAAGGCAUUUGAUGAAUGGACCAAAAAGUUUGGUGAUAUUGUGGGAUUUUAUAAUGGUGGAACGCCAGUUCUAAUUGUGAAGAACACAGAAUUGCUUCGAAAGAUUCAAGUUAAAGAUUUUGGAAACUUUACUGGCCGUGGUGUGGUGUCCGUGGCAUCGCGCCACCACCGCAUUGCCAGGACAAGCCUCACCAAUGCUCCAAGUGAGCGAUGGAAGGAAAUGCGCAGCCUCAUGACGCCUGCAUACAAAUCAAGCUCCAUGAAAUCGAUGCUGUCACUUGUUGAAAACUGCGUGGACACCUUCAUGAAGGUUGUUGCGGCCAAGCAGCAAGAAGCAGCUGCCACGGAAAUGCGGGAGCUCUUCCAGAAGCUCUCCAUGGACAUCAUUGCACGCUCUGCGUUUGGCACUGAGACUGGAAUCCAGCUAAGUCAAGGAGACUCGGAUGCUGACACACUGCUGGCCUUGAUCCAGGACAGACUGGGAGAAUAUAAGAAGGGCUGGCUGAUGUACUUUGCAAACUGUUUUCCAGAAUUUGACUACCUGUGGAGAUUUCUGCUCUCCCGUGGCAAACACACUGUGAAGACACCAACAGACUACAUUAAGAACAACCUAGUUUCGAUCAUCGAACAGAGGCGAGCAAACAAGCAGGUUGCACACGAGGACCUGUUGCAGCUCAUGCUGAAUGCUGAAGAGGAGGCUGACUCCUUGAUUGAUGUGCAGCAGCUGACUGUGAUGCAUGAAGAAGACGAAGUCGGCUGUGCAUCCCCUGGGAGCAUUCCCAUAAUCCGCAAGCGACGAUUUAUGACGACAACAGAGAUUCAGUCCAAUGCAGUUAUGUUUCUUGUUGCUGGAUUUGAAACAACUGGCACCACUCUAUCAUUCACGUCGUACCUGCUAGCAAAGUAUCCUGACAUGCAAGAGAGGACGAGGAGUGAAAUACUGUCCGUCAUGAAAGCUGAGAAUGGUUUAACGUAUGACAGUAUAACCAAGAUGCGCUACUUGGACCAAGUGAUCUCAGAAGCUCUUCGCUACUACCCAGUGGUUGUUGGGUUCAUAACUAGAAAGUGUGAGCAGGAGUAUGAAUACAAGGGCAUCAAGAUUCCCAGUGGGAUGUCCAUAUUGGUGCCAGCUUACCAAAUUCACCAUGACCCCAAUCUGUGGAAUGAGCCAGAGGCAUUUGAUCCUGACAGGUUCAGCUCAGAGAACAAAGGCAAGAUAGAGCCAAUGGCAUACCAGGCAUAUGGCAAUGGACCACGAAAUUGUGUUGCCAUGCGAUUUGCUCAGCUAGUGCUGAAGUUCACUUUGGCGAAGAUGCUUUCUACUUAUAAGCUUGUGCUGGAUCCUGACAGGCACAAGGGGGACCUGAAGAUAGGUUCAUCAUUCACAUUGGCUUAUCCAUUGGAGGGUGUGUGGCUGAAGCUGCAAGAAGUUCAUGAAACCUAAUCAAGGACCGGCCUGUUUCUACAUGUAAACAGAGGGCCAACAGAGAAAUGCGUGAUUGCACAAACAGUGUUCAUAUAGAUGACAAUGGCAGAAAAUUAUAAAUGCUGCUCACCAAAGGAUUCAAGUACAAUAAAUUUUGCAGAAUCUAAGUCAUA